AAUGCAUGUAGAUUGUAGAGUAUAAAUAAGAAAUUUCAACAAUAACACAGAUAGGGAAAUCACUAAAGCCAAAGUACUUACCCUCACUUCGCCGCAUCCACCCACUUCGUGUUUUCUCCCUACCAUUCUUCCUGUUCUCAGCAAGAUUUGGGGUGUGAUCUGUUUGGUAUCCUUUUGAUUGUUUACUCAGUGGAGAUAAACAAUAAAUCAGUCGACUUUUCUGGGUAGUGUUGGGGUGAGAGAAAGUUCAGGUUUUUAGGAUAAUGGCGGGUUGUUCUUCAAAUUUUGUAGUGGCCCGUGUUGCCAAUGUGAGGAAAGGAGUUGUUUUGGGGAGUCAAGAGACGAAUUUGGUUAGGUUGAGUUUCAAGGGUGUGUUGAAUGAAUCUGCAUUUCAAGUUCUAUGGGGGAGCAAUUGUGGUAGAUCACUUGUGCCUUUGGAAAAGAAAGAAACGUUUUUGGUAAUGAGUAUGUCGCAGCCAUCGGCUGAAUCGCAAUCUGCUGUUACUUCAAUAGGAUUUUCAGAUGGGGGAGGUGAUAGUGUCCUGAGAAAGGACCAUGAGAUUCGGGAUAGCGAGUCAGACUCCAAAAGUAAUGGAAAUGAUAAUAAUGAAUUUGUAUUGGAUGGUAGUGGUGGUAAUGGGAGCUUUGGAAGCGGUGGAGCAGGCAAUGGUGGCGGGGGUGAUGGUGGUGGUAAUGACGAUAGUAAUGACAAUGAAGAGGAGGAGUUUGGGCCAAUACUGAAAUAUGAUGAAGUAAUGAGAGAGACAGAGGCUCGCGGGGCUACCCUUCCUUUAGAUAUGAUAGAGGCUGCCAAGAGUGUGGGAAUUCGCAAGAUGCUUCUUCUUAGAUAUUUGGAUCUGCAGGGAUCCUUUUGGCCUCUAGGAUUUUUCAUGAAAACAUGCUCUAUGCUUCGCAAUCGAAUGCUGGCUGAUCCGGCAUUUCUUUUCAAAAUUGGCUCAGAGAUUGUCAUUGAUACUUGUUGUGCUACUUUUGCUGAAGUUCAAAAGAGAGGCAAAGACUUUUGGGCCGAAUUUGAGUUGUAUCUAGCAGAUCUUCUCGUUGGGCUGGUUGUUAAUGUUGCUUUGGUAGGCAUGUUGGCACCCUAUGCUCGAAUAGGUAAACCAUCAAUAUCUAGUGGAUUCCUGGGUAGAAUGCAGAAAGCUUAUGCAGCCUUGCCUAGCAGUGUAUUUGAAGCAGAAAGGCCAGGAUGUAGGUUUUCUGUACAGCAGAGACUUGGAACAUAUUUCUACAAGGGUAUAAUGUAUGGAGCUGUUGGAUUUGCAUGUGGUAUUAUAGGCCAAGGCAUUGCAAAUUUGAUCAUGACUGCAAAGCGGAACAUAAAGAAAUCAGAGGAGGACAUACCUGUGCCACCACUUGUGAAGAGUGCUGCUCUUUGGGGUGUCUUUCUAGCCGUUUCUUCCAACACACGGUACCAGAUCGUCAACGGACUGGAGCGUUUGGUAGAAGCAUCACCACUGGCAAAGCAGGUUCCCCCAGUUGCUCUGGCUUUCACAGUUGGUGUGCGUUUUGCCAACAAUGUCUAUGGUGGCAUGCAAUUUGUUGACUGGGCUAGGUGGAGUGGUGUGCAAUAACUGCUUUGUCUUGUUCUGUAUUGUAGUCAUGUAGAUGUGAUUUUCUAGCCAUCAGUUUUCUUAGAGUUCAAGCAUAGAGCCCGAAAGCUGAAUUGUGCUAAUGCCUUGGUUAAGGUUUUAUGGUUUGACAUAGAUUUUCCUUCUGGGAUGAUAAAUGUUAUUAGGAAAUAAUUUAGACGUACGAGCAUUUGUUUCAUAUAUAGUCUCUUACAUGAUUUACCAUUGCUGCAUAAUUAACCAUAUUGACAAGAAUCGUUUUUGGUGAUAA